AUGGACGACGUGCGAGUGCAAUGGCUGGGCCUGCGGCUCCAGAAUGCGCUGGGCAUCAAGGACUCGGCCCCCUUGGAGGAGCUGCUCAACCGCAACGACGGCGAGGAGGCCGAGGUGCUCCUGCACUUCCUCAACCUGGGCACCGUCGCCAAGGAAGGCGAGCCGGCCGCCCUUUUCUUCCGCCAGGAGACCCGCCUCGACGAGAUUGACGUGGAAGUCGAUAUAUCGUUUGAAGACACCCUUAAAGAGAAACUGGCUGGGGUUUCCUCCUUUUCUAUGGCAGAUGGAAAGAAAGAUCAGAAAAGCAAAAGCUCUCUGCCUGAAAAACAUGUUGUGAUUGAUUCCAUGGCUUCUUCAGGCAUAACUGAUAUUGAGCGUGAGCUGGGUAUAGAAGAUGGACGAAGUCAGAUGCUUAAAAAAAUUGUAAAACGGGAAGUUUACAACCAGUAUUAUCACAUGGUUCUGAAUGACCUCUCAGAAGAAUUUGUGGAGAACGACGUUGUGUAUUUUCUCAGAGACACUGCAGACACCGUCAGUGAACCAAAUGACUUAAUUGAAGCACAUGAUGUUCUGCCAGAAGUACUAGAGUACGGCAUACUGAAUGGUCAUACUUUGGUGAUGCUCCGGCAGAUCUUGGCAUUGAUCUUUCUGCCUGCAAUGUGCCAUAACCUGCACGAUUCGGAUGACCAUGUUCCUUACUCAGAAAGGUCACUAGGCGAAGGUCUACAGUUCAUUGGGAACAAGAUAAUCAAGUCCUCAGUAUUAGGCAGCUUCCAAAGCCUAAGGAAUGAGUUCUUAAUGAACAUGCAGAAGUUCCUAAACCAUGUUCAGAGAACCAUACUACAGAUUGAAGGGGAAAUUAAGUUAGACAUGCCCACCUUAUGCUUAGAUGGCGAUUUGGUUGAACUUGCUAAUGAUCGGGAAGUUGUGGAAACGCUGGAAGCCCUUACAACCAGUUGGCUCACAUUAAUAUCCACAGCAAAUGAAGAACUAGCGAAAAAAGUCCCCCAGGGGAAUGGCCCGCUUGCUGAGAUAGACCUGUGGCGCGAGAGAAAUGCCACUUUGAGUGCCCUUACUGAGCAGAUCAGAUUGCCAGCAGUCAAAAGGGUUUUUGAGGUGCUGGAGGUUGCAAACACUGGGAUUGUAGAAAAUUUGCAAGUAGUCAUCAAUGAGCUCUGCAAGCACCAAGUGGAAGCAGCAGACAACGUGAGGUUCCUCUCCACUCUUGAGCGACACCUGAAGAAUUUAACGCAUGGAACCACCUUCAGCAUUGUCCUGGAUACGAUUCCUUCCCUGAUGAACGCCUUGAGGAUGGUCUGGAUUAUUUCGCGGCAUUACAACAAGGACGAAAGGAUGAUCCCUCUCAUGGAACGGAUUGCUUGGGAGAUUUCAGCAAGGGUCUGCAAAGUGGUAGAUCUACGGACUUUGUUCAAAGAAGACCGGCAACUUGCAAAAGUCAAGAUGCAAGAAGCCAAACGUACUCUUGAAAUUUGGAAAGCGUCUUAUUUUGACAUCCGUGCCAAAAUUGAAUCUUCUGGAAGAGAUGCACGAUGGGAAUUUGACAGGAAGCGUUUGUUUGAGAGAACAGAUUAUAUGGCUAUAAUCUGUCAAGACCUCUUUAACGUCUUACAGGUUAUAGAGGAAUUUUACAACAUAUUUGGUCCUGAGCUGAAAUCUGUCACUGGGGAUCCAAAACGUAUUGAUGAAGUUUUGCAAAGAGUUGAUGGCCUUGUCAGCCCCAUGGAGGUUCUGACUUUUGACCCUUUCAACAUCAGAUGUGCAACGCAGUGGAAGAUUGUGAUGGAGGAAUUUAAAUAUGAAGUUGCGGAUAUAGAAAGAGAAGCCAAGAGCUUCAUUGACGAGUCUUUUAAGACUCUUCGUUCUGCAGAAGCUGCUUUUGACAUGCUCUUAAAUUUCAAGCACAUCCGCUCUCGAGAAGCCAUCAAUAAGCAGAUGAUGAUGAAAUUCAGUGACAUUCUGGUGCAGUAUUGUAAAGAGCUUGAGAUAGUGAACAACAUCUUUGUCAGUAAUCAGAUGAACCCACCUUUGUGCAAGAAUCAUCCACCAAUGGCUGGAGCAAUUUAUUGGACACGGUCUCUUUUCUACCGUAUCAAGCAUACCAUCGUUCGAUUCCAAGAAGUAGAGGAACUUCUGACUAGUGAGCGUGGAAAGUUGGUGAAACAACGAUAUCUUGAAGUGGCAAAGAGAAUGAAAGAAUAUGAAGAUCUGAAAUAUGAACAAUGGAGAGAGAAUACCGAAGAUAAACUUCCAAUCUUACUGAAAAAAACUCUGCUUGCUAAAGUUCAUCCUUCUGGAGCUAUUAUUCAGGCCAACCCAGAGACCCUGGAGCAGGUCCCACGUUCCGAUGAAGUAGACACUGGAGAAAAAGGGACAUGUUUCACAGUCAACUUUUCUCCCAAGCUUCGAGAGAUCAUCAAUGAAACAAAAUACAUGGAACAUCUGGGAUUUCCUGUGCCUGAAAUGGCAAGGAACGUGGCAUUACAGGAAGACAAAUUGCUGAGAUAUACAGAUAGCAUCAAACAGAUGCUGGAUCACUAUCACAAAUUAGUAGCAAUGCUGAACGAAGCAGAGACUCAGCUUCUGGAUGAGCACAUUCAAGACCUCUGGCGGGUUUUCCGAUCUGGUUACAAGAGGCUCAACUGGAAUUCUUUAGGUAUCGGUGACUACAUUGUGCGGUGUACUCAGGCUAUUGGGAAGUUUGAAUCGCUUGUCCAUCAACUCCAAAAGAAUGCGGAAGAUAUGUCCAACAAACUUUUAUUAAUCGAAUCAACCAAUCUGUUCAAAAGCCCACCUUCCACUGAUGAAGAUCAUCUUCCAGGGGUAAAAGAAUAUUUUGAAUAUGUGAAGCGGGAAAGAUCCAGAGAUGUGGAACACAUGGUUCGCAAGUACAUUUCCAUUGGUCCCUUGCUGACAAAAAUGGAGGGGCUUGUUGUGAAUACAAACACUGGAAGGGCUUCAAGACUGGUUCACUAUUACGCCUUUUGGGAAAAGAAAGUGUAUCAGAGCCUGACAAACCUUAUCCUGAAAAAUUUACAGACUUUCAAUGCCGCAGUGACAGGAAAUACCCCACUAUUUCAAGCAGAGACGAUUUUAUCUGCUCCCGAGAUCCUCCUCCAGCCAAACACUGGUGAAAUUGAAAAAAUGUGUGUGCACUGCAUUCGAGAUUGUGUGGAAGUUACCAAGCUUUUUGUUCGCUGGAUGCAUGGCACCUGCAUCGAUUGUCCACCACAGCAAUCCGGCGACAGUGAGCCUGUCAUCUUUAGCUUUUUCAGUGAUAUCUCCCAGAACCCUUUAAUCAUUGAACAGGCCAUCCUUAUUACUCAGAACAUGCACAAAAUCUUGAACUCCCUCACCAAAUACUUGAACCGCUGGAAGAGGUAUCGCCCGCUGUGGAAGCUUGACAAGGCCAUUGUCAUGGAGAGGUUUGCUGCCAAAAAGCCGGCUUGUGUUGUCUUCGACGGAAAGUUGCAGUUCUAUAUGAAGGUAGCCCAAGAAGUGGGGCAGCAGCCCAUGAUCAAAGAUGAGCAGUGCAUCCGCCUUCUGCUCGGGUCUUUGGCUUUUACAGUGCAAGAAAAUGCCAGAGGCUGGGUGAAUUCCCUUGGGAAGCUGCUCAACGAAUCCGCCAGAGAGGAACUGUAUACUCUCCAAGAAAACAUUGAGAGAUUAUCCCAGAACCUCAAGACAUCACCCGAUACCUUGGCAGAUCUCAAAUUUGUCCUGGCCACCAUUGCUGAGAUCAAAGAUAUGUCUCUAGAAGUGGAGCUCCAAUACUUGGAUAUUCAGGAGAGAUACCGUACACUUGCAAUGUACAAUAUACCAACAACAGAAGAGGAACAGCAGCUAGUGGAUCAGAUAAAGUCGUUGUGGGACACCCUUUUUUCUGAUGCAUCAGCAGUUGACCACAGCCUUGGCAGUAUCAAAAAGACAUUUACUGAGAUCACAAGAGAUCAGAUCGCAAAUUAUAGUAAGGAAAUUGAUGAUUUUUACCAGAGGUUUAUUACCGAAGGCCCUGGGUCUGUUGGUGAGAAUCUUGAUAAAGGAUUAGAGCUCAUGGCAAUUUUUGAAAAAGAGCUGGAGAAACACGAGAGGAAUCGACAAGAGCUGGCAAAUGCUGAAAAGCUGUUUGACCUUCCGAUCACAAUGUAUCCCGAUCUAAUCAAAAUCCAAAAGGAGAUGAAAGGCCUAAGGCAGAUCUAUGAUAUCUAUAAGAUGCAACGGGCUGCAAAAGAAGAAUGGUCUCAGACUCUGUGGGUGAACCUCAAUGUGCAGGUGCUGCAGGAAGGGAUUGACGGAUAUCUGAAAAGCCUUCGCAAACUGCCCAAACAUGUCCGAAGCGUUCCCGUCGCUUAUCACUUGGAAAUGAGGAUGAAGGCUUUUAAGGACUCUAUUCCAUUGCUGCUGGAUUUGAAAAAUGAGGCAUUAAGAGACAGGCAUUGGAAGGAACUGAUGAAUCGAACCGGUACAAGUUUUGAUAUGGCAACUGAAACAUUCACCCUGGAGAAUAUGUUUGCCAUGGAGCUACACAAAUACAGUGAUGUUAUCAAUGAGAUUGUUGGUUCUGCUGUUAAAGAGCUUAGCAUUGAAAAGGGAGUGAAAGAAAUAAUCGACACCUGGGAGAAUAUGAAAUUUACUGUGCAAAGGUACUUCAAAGGCACCCAGGAACGCGGCUUCAUUUUGGGAGCUGUGGAUGAUAUAAUUCAGAUCUUGGAUGACAACGCCGUGAAUCUCCAAAGUAUUUCGGGCAGCAGAUUUGUAGGACCUUUUCUGACUACUGUUCACAGUUGGGAAAAAACCCUCUCCUUAAUUGGUGAAGUGAUCGAGGUCUGGAUGAUAGUGCAGCGAAAAUGGAUGUACCUGGAAAGCAUUUUUAUCGGUGGAGACAUAAGAUCUCAACUGCCUGACGAAGCGAAAAAAUUUGAUAACAUUGAUAGGAUAUUUAAAAGGAUAAUGGCGGAAACAGUCAAAGAGCCAGUGAUAAAGAAGUGCUGCGAAGCUCCAAAUCGUCUUUCAGACCUCCAGAACAUCAGCAGUGGCCUGGAAAGGUGCCAGAAAAGCUUGAACGAUUACCUAGAUUCCAAGAGGAAUGCUUUCCCCAGAUUUUUCUUCAUCUCAGAUGAUGAGCUGCUCAGCAUUCUUGGCAGCAGUGACCCCCUGUGUGUGCAGGAACACAUGAUCAAGAUGUAUGACAACAUAGCCUCCCUGAAAUUUCAUGACGAUGACAGUGGUCUGAAGAUAGCCACCGCGAUGGUAUCAGCUGAAGGGGAAGUAAUGGAGUUCCGGAAGUCUAUUCCAGCUGAAGGCAGAGUGGAGAACUGGAUGACUUCUGUGCUUGCUGAAAUGAGGAGGACCAAUAGACUUAUUACGAAAGAAGCUAUCUUUCGGUACUGCGAGGACAGAAGCAGAGUUGACUGGAUGCUGAUGUACCAAGGCAUGAUGGUGCUGGCUGCCAAUCAGGUGUGGUGGACCUGGGAGGUGGAAGACGUCUUUCGGAAAGUGAGGAUGGGAGAAAAACAGGCAAUGAAAAACUAUGCCAAGAAGAUGCACCAGCAAAUUGACUCGCUGGUAACGCGGAUCACCAAGCCACUAAGUAAAAAUGAUAGGAAAAAAUACAACACAGUGCUCAUCAUCGAUGUCCAUGCAAGGGAUAUAGUUGAUACGUUUGUCAGAGACAGCAUUAUGGAAGCUCGCGAAUUUGAGUGGGAGAGCCAACUGCGUUUUUAUUGGGACCGAGAGCCCGAUGAGCUUAAUGUGCGGCAGUGCACCGGCACGUUUUCAUAUGGUUAUGAAUACAUGGGUUUAAAUGGACGGCUGGUCAUCACACCACUCACAGACCGGAUAUAUUUAACACUCACACAGGCCUUGUCUAUGUAUUUGGGGGGAGCCCCUGCAGGCCCGGCAGGAACUGGAAAGACUGAGACAACCAAAGAUCUUGCCAAAGCAUUGGGCUUGCUUUGUGUAGUCACCAACUGUGGAGAAGGCAUGGACUUCAAGGCAGUUGGUAAAAUCUUCUCUGGCCUCGCCCAGUGCGGAGCUUGGGGUUGCUUUGACGAAUUUAAUCGGAUCGAUGCGUCUGUGCUUUCGGUCAUCUCCUCGCAGAUUCAGACUAUUCGAAAUGCUCUGAUCAACCAACUGAAGACGUUUCAGUUUGAAGGGCAAGAGAUUACUCUGGAUCCUCGAAUGGGAAUUUUCAUCACCAUGAAUCCUGGCUACGCAGGCCGUACUGAGCUCCCUGAAUCUGUAAAGGCUCUUUUCAGGCCCGUGGUUGUAAUUGUGCCCGAUCUCCAGCAAAUCUGUGAAAUCAUGCUGUUUUCUGAAGGGUUUCUCUUGGCCAAGACGUUGGCCAAGAAAAUGACAGUGCUAUACAAACUGGCACGUGAACAGCUUUCUAAACAACAUCACUACGAUUUUGGGCUUCGAGCUUUGAAAUCUGUACUAGUGAUGGCUGGAGAACUGAAGAGAGGUUCAUCAGAUCUCAAUGAGGAUGUGGUCCUGAUGAGAGCGUUGCGUGACAUGAACCUCCCCAAGUUUGUUUUUGAAGAUGUCCCUCUUUUUCUUGGCCUGAUUGCCGACCUUUUUCCUGGACUAGAUUGCCCCAGGGUUCGGUACCCUAAAUUUAAUGAUGCUGUUGAGCAGGUGCUGGCGGAAGGAGGCUAUGUUGUUCUACCAAUUCAGGUGGAUAAAGUCGUCCAAAUGUAUGAAACCAUGUUGACGCGUCAUACCACAAUGAUCGUGGGCCCAACAGGAGGUGGCAAGUCUGUGGUCAUCAAUACAUUGUGUCAGGCUCAGACAAAACUAGGAUUGGUGACUAAGCUUUACACACUGAACCCCAAAGCCAUGAGUGUCAUUGAGUUGUAUGGUAUCCUGGACCCCACCACCCGUGAUUGGACCGAUGGCGUUUUAUCCAACAUAUUCAGGGAAAUCAAUAAACCCACAGACAAAAAGGAGAGGAGGUAUAUCUUAUUCGAUGGAGACGUGGAUGCUCUCUGGGUAGAAAACAUGAAUUCUGUGAUGGAUGACAACAAGCUGUUGACGCUGGCAAACGGAGAACGAAUCCGACUUCAGGCCCAUUGUGCCCUUUUAUUUGAGGUUGGAGAUUUGCAGUAUGCCUCACCAGCAACGGUAUCGCGCUGCGGGAUGGUCUUUGUGGACCCAAAGAAUUUGAGGUACAGACCAUAUUGGGAGAAAUGGACACAGCAAAGGAACAAGCAAGAACAACAACUGUUAGACAGGCUCUUUGACAAGUAUGUACCGUACCUGAUUGACAUGAUAAUAGACGGAAUUGUCGACGGGCGGCAAGGGGAGAAACUGAAGACCAUCGUCCCACAAACAGACCUAAACAUGGUGAUACAGUUGAGUAAAAUGUUGGAUGCCCUCUUAGAGGUGGAAAUAGAGGACCCUGAUGUGCUGGAAUGUUACUUUCUGGAAGCUUUAUAUUCCUCCUUAGGAGCAUGCCUCCUGGAAGCCGGAAGAUCAAAAUUUGAUGACUUUAUUAAACGCCUCUCUUCAAUGUCAACCGUGAAUGAUGAGAUGACUCUAGCUAAACCAGGAGAACUGCCAGGCCAGCUUUUGACUUUGUAUGACUUUCACUUUGAGGGGCAGAUGAAAAGGUGGAUGCCUUGGAGCAAACUGGUCCCUGAAUAUGUUCACACCCCUGAAGUCAAAUUUAUUGACAUUCUAGUUCCUACAGUGGAUACAACCCGCACCACGUGGCUCCUAGAAAAAAUGGUGAAGAUCAAACACCCUGUUGUUCUGGUUGGAGAAUCCGGGACAUCAAAGACCGCAACAACACAGACCUUUCUCAAAAACCUAAAUGCAGACACCAAUGUGUUGCUGAUCAUUAAUUUCUCCUCGCGCACUACCUCAAUGGAUAUUCAAAGGAAUUUAGAAGCCAAUGUGGAGAAGCGGACCAAAGAGACCUAUGGGCCCCCGAUGGGAAAGCGCCUUCUUGUAUUUAUGGAUGAUAUGAACAUGCCCAGGGUUGAUGAAUAUGGAACUCAGCAGCCCAUUGCGUUGCUCAAGUUACUCUUAGAGAAAGGCGCCUUGUACGAUCGUGGCAAGGAGAUGAACUGCAAAUACCUCCGGGACCUUGGCUUUGUUGCUGCCAUGGGCAAAGCUGGAGGAGGCCGCAAUGAAGUUGAUCCUCGGUUCAUUUCCCUCUUCAGUGUUUUCAAUGUUCCUUUUCCUUCCGAGGUGUCUCUGCACUUGAUUUAUGCCUCCAUUUUAAAAGGCCACACAGUGAGUUUUAAUGAAACGGUGUCUUCAAUUGCUGACCGGAUGACAACCUGUACAUUGACACUUUAUCAGAUGAUUGUCCACGACUUGCCUCCAACUCCGUCGAAGUUCCAUUACAUUUUUAACUUGCGAGACCUGUCCAGAGUUUACAACGGGCUUGUUCAAACCACCCCAGAACGGUUUCAGACAGUGGGCCAGAUGGUGAGAGUAUGGAGGAAUGAGUGCCUCCGGGUUUUUCACGACAGGCUGAUCAAUGAAGUUGACAAAGCACUGGUCCAAGGGCAUAUACAGGCUUUGAUUGAAGAUAAUUUUAAAGAUGACGUGGAACAUGCUAUGAGGGAUCCCAUCCUUUUUGGAGAUUUUCGAAUGGCCCUGAAUGAAGGUGAACCUCGUAUUUAUGAAGACAUCCAGGACUAUGAUGCAGCCAAAGCACUCUUUCAGGAAAUUCUUGAAGAGUACAACGAAAUUAAUACUAAAAUGAACCUGGUACUGUUUGAUGACGCCUUGGAGCACUUAACCCGUGUUCAUCGUAUCAUAAGGAUGGACCGUGGCCAUGCUUUGCUUGUAGGCGUCGGGGGCUCUGGGAAGCAGUCCCUUGCAAGAUUGGCAGCCUAUACAGCGGGAUGCGAGGUCUUUGAAAUAGUUCUGAGCCGCGGAUACAGUGAAAACAAUUUCCGAGAAGACCUCAAGGUUUUGUAUACCAAACUCGGGAUUGAGAAUAAGAUCAUGAUAUUCCUGUUUACUGAUGCGCAUGUGGCUGAGGAAGGGUUCUUGGAGCUCAUCAACAACAUGCUAACAUCAGGUAUGGUUCCAGCCCUUUUCCCAGAUGAUGAGAGAGAAGGUAUUUUAAGUCAGAUCACAGAUGAAGCCAUGAAAGCUGGCACUGCACCAGCGAAAGAAAGUGUCUGGCAGUACUUUGUAAACAAGAGUGCCAACAACCUCCACAUUGUCCUUGGGAUGUCCCCGGUUGGGGAGACGCUGAGAACCCGCUGUCGAAAUUUUCCAGGUCUUGUCAACAACACUGGAAUUGACUGGUUCUUGCCCUGGCCAUCUCAAGCCCUCUAUGCAGUUGCAAAGUUCUUUUUGGGGACCAAUCCAUUGAUCCCACCCGAAAACACGGAAGCAGUCGUCGAACACAUUGUCAUGGUCCAUGGUUCGGUAGGGAUCUACAGCAAAAAGUUUCUCCAGAAGCUACGCCGGAGCAACUACGUCACCCCAAAGAAUUUCCUUGAUUUCAUUAACACCUAUUCCAAACUGCUGGAUGAGAAAAAUCAGUUCAUUUUGGCUCAGUGCAAACGUCUAGAAGGUGGUUUAGACAAACUUAAAGAAGCUACAAUCCAGCUGGAUGAACUCAACCUGAAACUUGCCGAGCAAAAGAUUGUGUUGGCAGAGAAAUCCGCUGCCUGUGAAGCCUUGCUCCAGGAGAUUGCAACAAACACAGCAAUUGCCGAGGAAAAGAAAAAACUAGCGGUGGAAAAAGCUGCUGAAAUAGAAGAGCAGAACAAAGUAAUUGCAGUGGAGAAGAAGGAUGCUGAGACAGCCCUGGCAGAAGCCAUGCCUAUCUUGGAAGCAGCAAAACUGGAACUGCAGAAGCUUGACAAGUCUGAUGUGACUGAGAUCAGGUCUUUUGCCAAGCCGCCAAAGCAGGUGCAGACUGUAUGCGAGUGCAUCCUCAUCAUGAGAGGCUACAAAGAACUCAACUGGAAGAUGGCCAAAGGGAUGAUGUCAGAGGCCAACUUCCUCCGUUCCCUCAUGGAAAUUGAUUUUGACAGCAUUAGUCAGGCCCAAGUGAAAUCAAUCCGAGGGCUGCUAAAGAACUUAAACACCACCUUUGAAGAAAUGGAAGUUGUCAGCAGAGCGGGCUUGGGGAUGCUGAAAUUUGUCGAUGCUGUCAUGAGCUACUGUGAUGUAGCAAAGGAGGUCAAGCCCAAACGAGAAAAGGUGGCCAGGUUGGAACGGAAUUUCUUCUUAAGCAAACGUGAUCUGGAGAAGAUCCAGGCCGAGCUGACGGCCAUCCAGAACGAGUUGAAAGCUCUGGGAGAUAAAUAUGAAGCGGCAAUAAGAGGAAAGCAGCAGCUCCAGGAAGAAGCGGAGAUUAUGGAACGGCGGCUUAUCGCUGCCGACAAGCUCAUCUCAGGCUUGGGAUCAGAAAACAUCAGGUGGAUGAAUGAUUUGGAGGAAUUAAAGAGACGUCAAGUGAAAUUGUUGGGGGACUGCCUCCUGUGUGCUGCUUUCUUAAGCUAUGAAGGGGCCUUCACCUGGGAAUUUCGGGAUGAAAUGAUUAAGGAAGUGUGGCAGGAUGAUAUCCGGACCCGAGAAAUUCCUCUCAGUCAGCCUUUCAGACUAGAAAACCUGCUGACUGACGAUGUUGAGAUUAGCAGAUGGGGGUCUCAAGGUCUGCCUCCAGAUGAGCUCUCAGUUCAAAAUGGCAUCCUCACAACCAGAGCGAGCCGUUUCCCAUUGUGCAUUGACCCACAACAACAAGCUUUGAAUUGGAUCAAGAGGAAAGAAGAAAAAAAUAACCUGAGGAUGGCGUCCUUCAAUGACCCUGACUUCCUGAAACAACUUGAAAUGGCCAUAAAAUACGGGAACCCUUUCUUGUUCCACGAUGUCGAUGAAUACAUUGACCCUGUGAUUGAUAACGUCUUGGAAAAAAACGUCAAAACUGCUCAGGGCCGAACCUUCAUCAUUCUCGGUGACAAGGAGGUUGAUUAUGACACCAAUUUCAAGCUGUACCUGAACACCAAAUUGGCCAAUCCAAAAUAUUCGCCUUCAGUGUUUGGCAAAGCGAUGGUCAUCAACUACACAGUUACUCUGAAAGGUUUGGAAGAUCAACUGCUCAGUGUCAUCGUGGGAUUCGAAAGACGCGAACUUGAAGAGCAGAGAGAACAUCUCAUCCAGGAGACAAGUGAAAACAAAAAUCUCUUGAAAGAUCUGGAAGACUCUCUCCUCCGUGAGUUGGCCACUUCCACUGGGAACAUGUUGGACAAUGUUGACUUGGUAUAUACGCUGGAGGAGACAAAAGCCAAAGCUACUGAGGUCUCCGAGAAACUCAAGCUGGCUGAAAAAACUGCAAUCGACAUUGACAAACUACGCGAUGGCUACCGCCCAGCUGCCAAGAGAGGGGCCAUUUUGUUCUUUGUGCUGUCUGAAAUGGCUCUUGUCAACACAAUGUAUCAGUACUCCUUGGCUGCCUUCCUGGACGUCUUUGGCCUCUCGCUUCGGAAAUCAAUGCCUGACACCAUUCUGGCCAAAAGGCUGAAAAACAUCAUGGACACAUUAACGUUCAAUGUGUACAAUUAUGGCUGCACAGGCUUGUUUGAGAAACACAAGUUGCUCUUCUCUUUUAACAUGACCAUCAAGAUUGAGCAGGCUGAUCACAGAGUCCCACAGGAUGAAUUGGAUUUCUUCUUAAAAGGUAAUAUUUCUUUGGAGAAGAGUGCUCGAAAGAAGCCAUGUGUAUGGCUUUCUGAUCAAGGCUGGGAAGACGUAAUUCGCAUCGCUGAAUUGUUUCCAGAACAGUUUGGAUCCCUCCCAAAUGAUGUGGAGAGUACUCCUGAUGAAUGGAAAAAUUGGUAUGAUGUUGAUGCCUUAGAACAAAUCCCAUUUCCCAUGCAGUACAAAAAAACUCUCACCAGCUUCCAAAAUCUGCUGCUGUUGCGUUGCUUCCGGGUGGACCGCGUCUAUCGCGCAGUGACAGACUAUGUCACUCUCACGAUGGGUGUGAAAUACGUCCAGCCUCCAGUGAUCAGCUUUGAAGCCAUCUUUGAGCAGAGCACCCCAAGCUCACCCAUCGUUUUCAUUCUGAGCCCUGGAUCUGACCCUGCCAGCGAUCUUAUGAAACUGGCCGAUCGUACGGGCUUUGGAGGAAAUAGGUUGAAAUUCCUGGCCAUGGGACAAGGGCAAGAGAAGGUUGCUCUGCAUCUGCUGGAGAAUGCAGUGGCCCGAGGACAGUGGUUAAUGUUACAGAACUGUCACCUCUUGGUUAAGUGGUUGAUAGAUCUGGAAAAGGCUUUGGAAAGGAUUGUUAAGCCGCACCCAGACUUCCGCUUGUGGUUGACAACUGACCCUACAAAGGGAUUCCCAAUUGGGAUACUCCAGAAAUCUCUAAAGGUUGUCACAGAGCCUCCCAAUGGCCUCAAACUGAAUAUGCGAGCCACCUAUUUCAAAAUACCUCACGAAGCACUUGACCAAUGCCCGCACCCUGCUUUCAAAUCCUUGGUCUAUGUUUUAGCAUUUUUCCAUGCCGUGGUCCAGGAAAGGAGGAAAUUUGGGAAGAUUGGUUGGAAUGUGCCUUAUGAUUUUAAUGAAUCGGAUUUCCAGGUUUGCAUGGAGAUUCUCAAUACCUACUUGACAAAAGCGUUCCAGCAAAAUGACGACAGAAUCCCAUGGGGGAGCCUCAAGUAUCUCAUUGGCGAAGUGAUGUAUGGUGGACGGGCAAUUGACAGCUUUGAUCGGCGCAUCCUUACCAUCUACAUGGAUGAGUAUUUGGGAGAUUUUAUAUUUGACACCUUCCAGCCCUUUCAUUUUUACCAUAAUGAUGAUGUUGACUACCGAAUCCCUGAAGGGGAUUCAAAGGAUGACUUUGUUGAAGAGAUAGAGUCCCUUCCGCUUGCUAACACCCCAGAGGUGUUUGGCCUUCACUCCAAUGCUGAGAUUGGAUACUAUACGCAGGCAGCUCGGGACAUGUGGUCACAUCUUUUGGAGCUGCAGCCUCAAACAGGUGAAUCUAGUGCUGGGAUAAGUCGGGAUGACUACAUUGGCCAGGUUGCGAAGGACAUAGAAAACAAGAUGCCCAAGAUCUUUGACAUUGACCAGAUAAGAAAGGGCUUUGGACUUGAGAUCUCACCAACAACAGUGGUGCUACUACAGGAACUGGAACGCUUUAACCGACUCAUGAUUCGGAUGAUGAAGUCGCUGGCAGAACUGCAAAGAGCUUUGGCCGGGGAGGUUGGCAUGAGCAAUGAACUCGAUGAAGUGGCCCGUGCGCUCUUCAACGGGCACAUCCCAAACAUCUGGAGGAAACUGGCCCCUGAUACACUGAAAACACUCGGCAACUGGAUGAUUUAUUUUAAGAACAGGCACCACCAGUACACAUCAUGGGUUGAGGAGGGUGAACCGGGUGUCAUGUGGUUGUCAGGACUCCACAUCCCCGAGUCGUAUCUGACGGCACUUGUUCAAGCAACCUGCCGGAAGAAUGGCUGGCCUCUGGACCGCUCCACCUUAUACACCCAAGUGACCAAAUACAGGACUGAAGAAGAAGUCACAGAGCGUCCGGGACAAGGAUGCUUUGUUUCUGGUCUGUACCUGGAAGGAGCUGACUGGGACCUAGAAAAUGGUUGCCUGAUCAAGAGUAAGCCCAAAGUGCUGGUGGUUGACUUACCCAUCCUGAAAAUAAUCCCCAUUGAGGCUCAUCGUCUCAAACUACAGAACACUUUCCGGACCCCGGUGUACACAACGUCCAUGCGGAGGAACGCCAUGGGUGUUGGCUUGGUUUUCGAAGCUGAUCUUUUUACUACAAAACAUAUUUCUCACUGGGUACUUCAGGGUGUUUGCCUCACACUGAAUGCGGAUUAAAAGCAGAGCACAAAGUUUUGCUGCAAAUGCCAUUGACGGGGAAAUGCAUAAAGAAGCUGCACAAAGAACUGACUGAAGUCCUCUCGUUUCCACCUUUGGAAGAUCAUUUGUUGCAAGUGUGUAUAAAAUUUGUGUUUAACUAGCGUGCCUCAAGAUUCUUACAAAUACUUAAGUGCUGUAA